ACCAACAACAAACCCCCCAUCCAACCCCUCGUCGACCGCACCAACCCGCGCAAAAUCCGCGUCGCAUUACCAGACGUCAAACCCGAACACAACGACGACACUGAUGGCCCGCGCAAGAAACCCAAACUAGGCGGCGGAGGCGGUGCAUUCUCCGGCUUUAACUCGUUUCUACCUGCGCCAAAGAAAACAGCUACCACCGCAAGCAGCAAUGCUUCAGAGAAGAAGGCGCCCGCGCGCAAGAUAUUUAGUCUGAAGACGGGCGCAGCGCCGGGGUUCGAUCGCGAGGCGGAUGCGGAGAUGCGGAAUGAGCGGGCGUUUGGGGCGUUAGGAGGAGAUGGAGAUGAAGAUGAGACGAUACCCAAGGCGGGGAGUAUGAGAGAUAAGGAAUUGGAUUUCGGGAAGGAUAGUGAAGACCAAAAGGAGGAGGAGGCUGUGCCGCAAAUGAAGAAGCCAGAGGAAGUCAAGUUGAAGGGCAACCCAAUGAUGUUCAAGCCGUUGUCUGUGGGGAGGGCGCAGCAGAAGAAGAGGAAAGCUGUUUCGGAUUUGAUGCCUGCUGCUGCGGCUGUACGGAGGAAGGAGGAUGUGCCGACAGUUUCAUCUACAUCUGCAUCUGUAUCUGCAUCUGUUCAGGAGACACCUACAGCUGCAGCGCCAGCACCACCCAAACCCAAAAUCAGCCUCUUCUCACUCUCCGCCAGCGACGACUCUACACCCACCACAUCGACAGCACCAUCAGCAACAUCCUACGAACCCCUGGUCUACACCCCCCUCAAUACUGCCCCCGCCGGCCCCUCCCCCGCCCCCGAAGACACCACCACCACACAGCAAUCCACAUACCAACCCGCCUCAACAGCAUCAGACAACACCCUCAGCACCAUCGCCGACGACCUCAACCUCUCCAAAGCCCAACGGCGCCAACUCUUCGGCCGCAACGCCCCCGAAUCCGUGGCAGCCAGUUCCCGCGUCCUGCACUUCAACACGGACCAAGAGUACGUCACGAACCAGGAGCUUGCGCACACGGAGCUGGCGGCGCAGCAGCAUAACCCCGUCAGGGCCAUUGCGCCGGGUAAGCAUACACUGCAGCAGUUGGUUAAUGCGGCGAGUACGCAGCGCGAGGCGCUGGAGGAGAGCUUUGCUGCUGGGAGGAGGAAUAAGAGGGAGGCGGGAGCGAAGUAUGGGUGGUAA